ACCAGGCUACGAGGCUCAGUCGUCACGCAGACGUUGAGCGAGUUGCUGCAGCGUAUCGCCUUCUUCGUUUGCAGACGUUUCUAUUACGCAAUCUUAAAUUUGUAUCAUUAAUCAGUGUCUAUAAUUAGACUGUGGAGACUAUAUAUUUAUAACGCUACGCAAUACUUACACGGCAAUACCUUUUACCGACCCCGGCAUGGCUUCAGUGAGUUGCAGCAACCGCUUUCAAGUUCUUUGCUAUGAGCAAGUGGCAAGGCUACAUGAAGUUAUGGAAGAUGUCAUCCCAAUUCAUGGUCGAGGUAACUUCCCAACACUUGAUGUGAAGCUAAAAGAUCUUGUUCAGGUUGUUAAAGAUAAACUAACAGCUGAUGGUGUCAGUGUUAGGGACAUUCGAUUGAACGGUGGAGCUGCCAGUUACAUUCUUGGAACUACAAAUGCUCAAGAGUUUAAUGAUGUAGACUUGAUUUUCGGAGUGGAUUUAUCAAAUCAAAAUGAGCUUCAGAAGAUUCGUAAUUGUGUACUGGGAUGCCUUGUCAACUUUCUUCCAGAAGGUAUUAAUAAAGAGAAAAUUAGUAGUUGUAGUCUAAAGGAAGCAUAUGUGCAAAAAAUGGUUAAAGUGUGCAAUGAACAUGGUGAUAGAUGGAGUCUCAUUUCACUUUCGCACAAAACACGUAAGAAUGUUGAACUUAAAUUUGUAGACAAAAUGAAGAGGCAGUUUGAAUUCAGUGUAGAUUCUUUUCAAAUUAUUUUAGAUAGCCUGUUAACUUUCUAUGAUAUCUCUGAAGCUCCAAUGACAGAGCACUUCUACCCUACUAUUGUGGCUGAGAGUCUCUAUGGAGACUUUUCAGAGGCCUGGUAUCAUUUAGAUAACAAACUAAUUGCCACAAGAAACCCCGAAGAAAUCAGAGGGGGUGGCCUGCUCAAGUAUUGUAAUCUCCUUGUCCGAGGUUAUACUCCAGCAAAUGAAAUAGAUAUCAGGACAAUGGAGAGAUACAUGUGUUCAAGGUUCUUUAUUGACUUCAGUGACAUUAAUCAGCAGCGUCAGAAGCUUGAAGCCUAUCUGGUGAAUCAUUUUAAUGGCGAUGAGGAUAUGAAGUAUGAGUACCUCACCACACUGUACAGAGUUGUGGAUGAGAGUACCAUUUGCCUUAUGGGCCAUGAACGGCGUCAAACUUUAAACUUGAUCCAUCAGCUGGCAUACCAGGUGUACAUGGCCCAGGAGCGCAAGGCACAAAUCAAAUGUGUGGAGUUGCAUCAGCUUGAUCAGCUGAACAACCUUGUGAUUGAUCAGGUCUUCUAUGGUCCAUUUGACACCAAUGGCAGUAGUAACCAGUACUACAGCUAUCCCAUGCCUUCCUCCUCCUAUCACCAAAUUAGCAAUUCGUCAUCGUGCCCUUAUUGUCCGGCAUUCCUUCACUGCUCUUAGUUAGCUCGGGCUAGAGAAAGGCAGGGAUCAACCCAGAUGUAAACACAGCACAUCAUGUCCUUUUUUUCCUCUGAUUUGAUUUCAACAAUUUCUCCUUGAUGAACUGGUGCAGAUCUCCAUAUGUAAUUAUUAUUUUAGCUGAUAUCGUUAAAAAAUUAAAUUUCCUGAGUUUCUACAUAAAUAUGUUUAACUUGCACAAGAAUGAACUUCAAACUGCUCUCAAUUCAAGUUUGACUUGAAUAAUACUAGCUGAACAUUGUGUAUAAAACAACUUGGCGUAUGCUCUUUAAUGACCAGAUUAUAGCCAUAUGUAUUGUACCCGCAGGAUAUCAACAUUACAUAAAAACUUGUUGUUUGCUGCUCAUAAUGGAUAUAUACAUAUAUUUUAUUGAUAUAAUCAUGUUUUUUCUGCUGAUACCAUACAAAAUUCAGUGUCUUCUAUUUCCAUUCAAAAAUAUAUAUAUAUAUUUACUAUUCAUCUUCCAAAUGGAUGUAAGUGUUAAGCUGUUGACUCUAUUACUAUUUUAUUUCUUUUCAUUGAUUUCUGUCAAUGUAGUGAAGUAAUAGCUGUUUUUAUGGCCAUGGUAUUGAUUCUUAUACUGGAUCUUUAAACAAAAUCCACAAGCCUGUGUUCUUUGAUGCCUGCUGUUUUUUUAGUCCCUGAAGCAAGCUAAGUGUUCCAUUGAUAAAUAUCUUCUGUUGAAAGCUGGAUGGGGGUACUUUAAGUUUAAAGAUUAAAACAGUUGUGUUCACUAAAUGCAAUGUAUGUUGGCACAAGGUUUUAAAAAUAGAUUAUUUAGUUGACUAAACCAGCACUCAUUGAUCCAUCCAUUUUUAAUGAUUGACAGCUCCAAAAAUCACUCUGUCUAGAUCAUUCCUCAAGUUAGCCACUCUAGCACUCAUCUCACAACACACACACACACCACUCAAACUCUCAUCUCACACAACAAUACACACACAUUUGUUUAUACCAUGUUCAUUAUAAUUUGUAAUGUAAAUAAAUAUGCAAUUUUUGUUUCUAUGUUUGAAAUAUAUCAUACUGUCAAUUUGACUUUUGAUGCAUGGUUCAGUAAAAAAAUGGAUUGUGAUUUGAGCUUCAAGAAUUUGGCGCUUUUGAUUAUCCUAAUCUAACCUUAAUGUGGAUUUUAAAAAUCUGUGCAACUCCUACUAGUGGUGUUUUCUUUCUCUAGUUGUUGGAUCAGUGUUCUGCUGUUGUGUUUCUAAGUGUAGUUGGUGGUAUUCUUCAUCUGUCGUCAGUGCUCUUGUGUUGUGUGUUGGACGUCAUCUUUAUUUACCACAAUUUUUGCUCAUCCAGCUACAAGCAAACUAUUAUCUGGUAUUAUUGUCUUUUGAAUAGAAGAAAAAAAACUAAUACAAUAGGUCUACUGUUUUUGUGUCUACUAUGUUUAGGGAGUUUAUUUUACAUGUACAUGUUUUUCUCCUUAAAAACAUUUCUAAGAAUUAACAUAUAUCUAUAUAGCCUAUAAAUAUAUAUGUAUAAAAUCGAAGUGUUUUUUUUUUAAAUUACAAUUAUUACUAGAAGUGAUAGUUUAGUAAUAUAUUUAAUUUUUGAAAACACAUGUUAGUAGUAGUAAACAGUAUUAGCAGUGAGUUAUAUUUUUCUGAGUUCUAACAAUGGUUUCACAGUUGUAGGUUGUUUCUGCUAUAAUUGAUUCAGGCAUGUCUUAUUUGUUUAUUCAACCAUCACUGGUAAAUAGUUUUAUUGUUUUUGAAUCCCAUCUGAUUAGUUUUUAUUGUUAUCAAAGGCAACCAAUUUGAAAUAAAAAAAAUUUGAACAAAUGACAUGUAAAUUUCCCUAGCACAAAGCAGCUUAGUGGAAACUUGUUGGCCUGUGAUCAUGUACCAGUUAUAAGGUGAUUUGAAAGCUCAUCUACUUAAUUGCCUUUCUUUGCUUACACUCCUAGUGUUUAGUGGACAAAGCUCAGUACUCUUUACAUUUUUCUCCUUUUCAUUUUGUGAUAUUUAAAAAAAACUGCUUCUCUUUACAAUUUUUGUGAUAGUUUAUUUAAUUCUGAAGGAAGUUGUUUUGGUUUUAUUAAACAUCUUUUGUAAAUGUAUCUAAAAAAAUAUUUUAGCAGAAGUACUAGAAAGGCUUCUUCUUACAUGAAAUAAAAGCCCUUGAGUAGCCUAAUUUGUGCUCCAGGAAAUGUUCAAGUGUACAGCUAUUCAAGUAGCCUACAUAGACCAGUUUGAAAGAGUUUAGUUAGCAACAAGUGGGCCUGGAUCUGUGAUGAUAAAUGUCUCAAGUUUUUGAUAAACCUUAAUCUUACCACAAGCUAGUUAGCAAGUGGUCACUACUUUAUAAUCUGUUGUCUUGAUAACAAUUUGUGGUAAUAUACACUCUUGACAAUCAAACUUGGGUCCAGUGGGGAGUUAGAUGAAUCUUGUCCCUGCUUGGCCUACUUUUUAGACAUUUCUUUUAAAAACUUGAUCCCAUAUUUUCAAAGGUAAAAAUAAUAUUUUUUUAAACUGAUACAUGCAGUAACUUUUAUCUUACUGCUGUCUUGUUUUAUCUGAAAAGUUCAAAUCUCUGGCUUUUAAAUCCACAUGGUCUGAUAAAUUACUGCAUUGGCCAACUGGCUGAUUGCCAGGUUUUUUGCUUGUAGUAUAGAUUCAACUGAUAAUGAUUGCUGGGCUGAUUUCCUCAGAUCUAUGUAUAGCAACACAGUCUUCCAGUGAAAAAAGAAGGUUGGAUACAUGUCCCUCCACCCAGUGGGGGUUGUGCCAUGUCCCUCCACCCAGUGGGCUGUGCCAUGUCCCUCCACCCAGUGGGCUGUGCCAUGUCCCUCCACCCAGUGGGGGUUG